UCAACCUUUAACUUGUCCACCUCACCACCCGCAAACCCCGCCAGUGAAGAAACGCUACUAUCAAACCAUGGCGAAAACAAUUCCCUUCGCACUCAUCACCGGCUGCAGCAGCGGAAUCGGAAAGGAGCUCGCCAUCGCGUUCGCCGCCCGUGGUAUCACUGUCCUCGCCACAGCUCGACGCGUCGAGUCCCUCAACGACCUGACCAGCAAAUACAGCAACAUUGAAGCCCUGUCGCUCGAGCUCGGCAAUCCCAAUGGCGACGCCGAGAGCAUUGCCAAGCUGAAGGAGGCCGUGUCUAAGCGCACGGGCGGCAGGCUGGAUUUUCUCGUCAAUAACGCCGGCACCCAUUAUGCUUCGACGACGCUGGAUGUGGAGAUCAAGGAGGUCGAAACUCUCUUCCAGGUUAACGUUUUUGCUGUCAUGCAGCUCUGUCAGACCUUCAUGCCGCUCCUCCGCCGGUCGCCGCGCGGGCGCAUCGUGCAGAUCGGGAGCGUCACAAGGGACGUGCCGGUCGUUUGGCAAGGGGCUUAUAACGCCUCCAAGGCUGCUCUUAGUCAAUACUCUAAGACGCUUCGGUUGGAACUGAGACCCUUCGGCAUCGAGGUCGUCGAGAUCGUGACUGGCUUCGUGCGAAGCAAUCUUCUUCACCACGGAUUCUACGCACCAGAGACAUCUCUCUAUCUUCCCGUCAAAAAGACCAUCGAGGACAUCAAGUACCAAGGCAACGCGGAUGGCAUGCCGCCAGCUGCGUACGCCAGGGCGGUAGUCGAGCAGGUAACAAAGCCAGGGACUAUUAGCUCUGAGAUCUGGGAGGGUGGGAUGGCGCGGUUGAUUCGCUUCCUUGUGCUAGUUCUGCCGCUGACGAUCCUGAAUUUGAUCUAUUACCGGAAAUUCAAGCUUAAUCUGCUGGAGGGUCGUGGGAAUGGGAGACGCUAGAGCGGUUUCAGAGCUGGGCAAGGACAUAAGCUUGAUCCCGGUUCGGUUCUUACCGGACCGGUAGUCUCGGCGUCGCUUUGGCUAUGGGCCUAGAGAGGUGUAUCUCUGAUUGCAGAUAUGGAAUUCAUAUUACAGCUGAUGGUUAGACAUGUCUGCCUUCUAAUAAUGGUUGGGCAGCAUGUGCAGUCUUAGUCAACUCCUAGCCGCAAGUCGUACGGCUGGACUGAAGAGUCAUACCUUUAUUUUAUUUCUUUUUUGAUUACCCCAUAAAAGCCAUCUUAAUCUAUACUC